AUCAUGUAUCGAUACUAUUGGUUGCACAAAAAUUUACAUUUAAAACAUUGUUAAUAUAAAUCACUAGUUGAUUCGAUUUUCAAUUUAAUUUCCCUGCAAAUUUAACUUUAAUUAGCAACCUUAGUUAUUUAAGUGAUUCUUUCAAUGGAAGGUAAAAGUGACAAACCCGUUAAAAAGGACACCAGUGGGAGACCAAGGAUUGCUACAUUGGGUUCAUUGAAUCAACAACAACAACAACAGUCUAGUAGUGAUGAUGAGGGUCAAGCUUUUUAUGUUGGAGGAUCAGAAAAGUCAGGUCAACAAGUUUUAGGUCCUAAUAAAGAAAGAGCUGACCCUAAUGAAGUAAUUAAAAAUGUUUUCAAGGCCGCUAGAGAGCAAGGAGCUCAGCCUAUAGAGCCAGAAAGUCCUGAACAAGCAAGAAAAUUUGCUGCCUUUAAAGGUAAAGGUAAAAAGCUUGGAGAUGAUGAAGAAGGACAAGACGAAGCUGCUGGAGGUGAAUCAAGUCCAGAAAUUGAUCUGAAACCCAUUACUAUGGUGCUGAAAAUGUGGAGAAAUGGUUUCAGUGUUGAUGAUGGACCUUUACGCGCUUUUCAAGAUCCUCAGAAUCGCGAAUUUUUAGAAUCAAUUACUCGAGGGGAGGUACCUCGAGAGCUAUUACGUAUGGCUCGUGGAGGUCAGGUUAACUUAAAUAUGGAAGAUCACCGAAACGAAGAGUACGUGCAAGUCAAGCGAAGAGUCAAGGCUUUUGCCGGAGAGGGUCAUCGUUUAGGUAAUGUUACACCUGAAACAAUUGGAGCUUCGGGUUCUAAUUCACAAGCUUCUGGUGACAAUAAAGCUAACGAGGAAGAGGCCAAAAAACGUUUGAAAACUGACGAAUCUAAACCGACCACUAAUAUUCAAGUUAGAUUAUCAGAUGGCUCUAGAAUUGUUAUCAAAGUUAAUUUGGAUCACACUGUUCAAGACAUUCGCAGUUAUAUUUGUGAUGCUCGUCCAGUCUAUGGUCCCUUGCCUUUCAUUCUGAUGACCAAUUUUCCCACUAAACAACUAACGGAUGAAACGCAAACUGUUUCUGAAGCCAAUCUUCAAAACGCCACUUUAACUCAAAAAUUGGUUUGAUGGAAAUGUUCUGAUUCAUUAUUUUCUCUUUCCUUUUUUCUAACUCAAGAUCUAAUCAAUGGACAUGAUUAUUGAACAAAACAACGAAUCUUUGAUUAAAAUGUUUUAAAAAAUUGA